AUGCCUGGAAUUGGAGGGUGCAUUGAUUGCACCCACAUUAAAAUUCAAAACCCAGGUGGUCCGGAUUCGGAAGCGUUUAGAAACCGAAAGGGUUAUUUUUCUUUAAAUGUCCAGGCAGUAUGUGGUCCAUCAAUGGAGUUUAUGGAUAUAGUAGUUAGAUGGCCAGGCAGUUAUCAUGACAGUUUUAUUUUCAGUAGCAGUUACGCAAAUAAAUAUUUUGAUGAACGUACACAUAACAUGUUAUUACUUGGAGAUGGUGGUUAUGCAUGUAAGACUUAUCUUUUUACUCCAUUGCGAAACCCUGUAACACCACCAGAACUGAAAUAUAACAAAGCACAAAUUAGGACAAGGAAUAUUAUUGAAAGGGUGUUUGGAGUUUGGAAAAGAAAAUUUCCUUGCCUCCAAAGGGGUCUUGCCAAUGCACCUUCUACAAUUGUAAAUAUUAUUAUUGCAUGUGCUAUGCUCCACAAUAUUUCAAGAAAAUAUCAAAAUGCUGAUGACGAUAGCGAUGACGAGGAAGACAUUUUAGAAGAGGAGUAUGGAGAGUAUAAUGAUGACAAUAAUAUAUUAGGGCCAGCGGCAAGAAGUGCAUACAUCAUUAGACAUUUUAGUUAG